GACGUGGACCUGGACGUGGGACGUGGAUGUGGACGUGGACGUGGAGGUGGACAUGGAGGUGGACAUGGAGGUGGACGUGGACGUGGACGUGGACGUGGACGUGGACCUGGACGUGGAGGUGGACCUGGACGUGGACGUGGACGUGGACGAGACGUGGACGUGGACGUGGACGUGGACGUGGUCGUGGAGUGGUCGUGGACGUGGUCGUGGACGUGGACCUGGACGUCGACGUGGACGUGGACGUGGACGAAGACUGACGUGGACGUGGACAUGGACGUGGACGUGGACGUGGACAUGGACGUGGACGUGGACGUGGACGUGGACGUGGACGUGGACGUGGACGUGGACGUGGACGUGGACGUGGAGAUGGACGUGGACGUGGAUAUGGACGUGGACGUGGACGUGGACGUUGGACGUGGACGUGGACGUGGACGUGGACGUGGACGUGGACGUUGACGUGGACGUGGACGUGGACGUGGACGUGGACGUGGACGUGGACGUGGUCGUGGACGGACGUGGACGUGGACGUGGACGUGGACGUGGUCGUGGACGUGGUCGUGGACGUGGACGUGGACGUGGACGUGGACGUGGACGUGGUCGUGGACGUGGUCGUGGACGUGGACGUGGACGUGGACGUGGACGUGGACAUGGACGUGGACGUGGACGUGGACGUGGACAUGGUCGUGGACGUGGUCGUGGACGUGGACGUGGAAGUGGACGUGGACUGGACGUGGACAUGGUCGUGGACGUGGACGUGGACGUGGACAUGGACGUGGACGUGGACGUGGACAUGGACUGGACGUGGACGUGGACGUGGACGUGGACAUGGACAUGGACGUGUGGACGUGGACGUGGACGUGGACGUGUGGACGUGGACGUGGACGUGGACGUGGACGUGGACGUGGACCUGGACGUGGACAUGGACGUGGACGUGGUCGUGGACAUGGACGUGGUCGUGGACGUGGACGUGGACGUGGUCGUGGACGUGGACGUGGACGUGGUCGUGGACGUGGUCGUGGACGUGGACGUGGACGUGGACGUGGACGUGGACGUGGACAUGGACGUGGACGUGUGGACGUGGACAUGGACGUGGACGUGGUCGUGGACGUGGACGUGGACGUGGACGUGGUCGUGGACGUGGACGUGGACGUGGACGUGGACGUGUCGUGGACGUGGACGUGGACGUGGACAUGGACGUGGACGUGGACGUGGACGUGGACGUGGACGUGGACGUGGACGUGGACAUGGUCGUGGACGUGGACGUGGACGUGGACAUGGACGUGGACGUGGACGUGGACCUGGACAUGGACGUGGACGUGGACGUGGACAUGGACGUGGACGUGUGGACGUGGACGUGGACGUGGACGUGGACGUGGUUGUGGACGUGGUCGUGGACGUGGACGUGGACGUGGACGUGGACGUGGUCGUGGACGUGGUCGUGGACGUGGACGUGGACGUGGACGUGGACGUGGACGUGGACGUGGACGUGGACAUGGACGUGGACGUGGACGUGGACCUGGACGUGGACGUGGACAUGGUCGUGGACGUGGACGUGGACGUGGAGGUGGACGUGGACGUGGACGUGGACGUGGACGUGGACGUGGACGUGGACAUGGACGUGGACGUGGACCUGGACGUGGACGUGUGGACGUGGACAUGGACGUGGACGUGUGGACGUGGACGUGGACGUGGACGUGGACGUGGACGUGGACGUGGACGUGGACGUGGACGUGGACGUGGACGUGACGUGGACGUGGACGUGGUCGUGGACGUGGACGUGGACAUGGACGUGGACGUGGACGUGGACAUGGACAUGGACGUGGACGUGGACAUGGACGUGGACGUGUGGACGUGGACGUGGACGUGGACGUGGACGUGGACGUGGUCGUGGACGUGGUCGUGGACGUGGACGUGGACGUGGACGUGGACGUGGUCGUGGACGUGGACGUGGACGUGGACGUGGACAUGGACGUGGUCGUGGACGUGGUCGUGGACGUGGACGUGGACGUGGACGUGGACGUGGACGUGGACGUGGUCGUGGACGUGGUCGUGGACGUGGACAUGGAAGUGGACGUGGACGUGGACGUGGACGUGGACGUGGACGUGGACAUGGACGUGGACGUGGACGUGGACGUGGACGUGGACGUGGACAUCGUCGUGGACGUUGACGUGGACAUAG